AUCAUCCAUGGAUUGCUUGCCCCUUACUAUUGAUGAGUUAAGAAGACCACGCAUAAAGCUAGUGAAUGGAAUGUUGCAUCCAUCAGAUGUCUGUGCUCGAAAAAUUACAUUCAUCUUUAAGGAAAGAAUGGAUGAGAAUGGAUACAGUUGGAAGAAUGUCUCUAAGGAGACAAAAGACUUCUAUUGGAAUGAAUUUCAGAAAUUCUUUGUGUGGGAUGAAUCAAUGUUAUCUGCUAUUAAGAUGGCAUGGCAACGUAAAGCUGCGGAACGGUAUAGAGCAUUGAUGUGUAGUUUGAGAAAAGGGAAAGAAAAAUCAAUGCAUGUGUCUGACUCUGCAUGGAAGACAUGGACCGAGGCAUGGAAUUCCCCGGAAUUUAAAACUCGGUGUGAGAAAGCUACCGCAAACCGACUCACUGAGAUUGCAGGACCUGGAUCUGGUAUAUCCCGACACACAGGAGGUUCCAUUUCUCAUGCUUCCCAUGCGGAUAGAUUGCGAUCGAGGCUUGGACGUGAUCCUCGCCCUUUUGAGCUUUUUGAAGUAACUCAUACAAAGAAGGGUACCUCCAUGCUUGUUGAUACACGUGCUCAAUCUGUUAAGGAUCGCUAUCUCGGAGCUUGUGGAGCAAGCAUCUCAAACGCAAGAAGGGCUUGA